AUGGGACGAAUUGAAAAGGGUUAUAAAAAGUAAUUAUAAAAUCAAAUCAUCUUAGAAUGUCAAAUUUAAUGAAAAGAGAUUAAGAAAAGGAGAAUAAAUUAGAGCAGAUGCCAAUAUUUAUUUAGUUUAGCGGCUAUGUAAUUUUUAGGGCUACAUAUUGA